CAGGCCCUGUGCCGAUUACUUUCACAUUUGUGACUCUGUUUACCUGAACAACAGGCCUGGGAGAUUGACUUGGGUCUCCCCAUUUUAUAGAGAAGGAACUCAGGUCACAGAGAAAACCUGUGGGCACAGAGCCUCAGCCACCUCCAAACUCAGCCAGGUCAGUGGGCCUGGGUCCUCUGCCCCACUCCUGACAUUUAGGGGCAGACAGCCCCGGGCAGCUCCAAGGCUGCCCAUCUGAGACGUGGGAGAACACUGUCUGCUGGGGAGAAUGCCUGGAACAACAGCAUGGUUUGGGUUUAAGCCAGAGCCUCUAGGAGACAAGCAGACCUUUGUCAUUGUCCCUACUGGCAGACAGAGGUAGGGGCUCACAGGGUCAGGGGUGGAGUCUCCGGUGCCCAGUCCCUUUCGUGGCCCAGCAUAGGGUGGCCACUGCUCCUGCCUCCCGCCUGAGGAUGGCUUCUCCAGUUUUGCCAACCGUCUUCAGCACCCUUGUUUCCAUGCCUGAGAGCCACACCUCAGCUCAAGCAACCACACCUGAGACAUCCAGUGUUCCUUUCUAGGGGCCCCACCAUGGGGGCAGCGAACAGGGCUGUUCAGGGAUCUCCCCUCCCCACAGUCCCAGGGAGGAGGUCGUAGUAGGUGGAGGCUAGAGAGGAAGGCUGGGCCUGGUAGUUUAGAGGCCUCUGACGGCUCCGGGUGUGGCCUAUAAUCCCGCUGGCUGGCCUCCCUGUUCCCUAAUUAAAGUGUCCUUUUGAAAAUGCCCUCCGGUCCAGGCCUGGCACUGCUGGGUGAGGCAGAGGCACCUCCCAGAAAGCUCAGCAGCUCUCACAGCUUCCCUGGAGGGCCUCUGAGCUCAGGACCUUUGGUCAUCCUGGUGAGGCUAGGGGUGGGGGAUGGGGGGGUCACGAGAAGGUGAGGACCGCAGGGUUGUGCCUGUCCUGUCAUGGUCACCGUCCUCCCACACCCACCUCUUUCCAACACCCCUUGCUGAAGGCAGAAGGCCGUCCUUGUUUAAGAGGCUGGAGAGCCUGGAUCAAAGGCGCUAUUGAAGAGGCUUGUCGGAGCGGGGGACGCCAGGGGCAGAAGAUGUGGGGGGGAGGAGGGGGAGAGGUAACAAGGAGACUUGAGUCACUACAGGCCAAUUGUGGUGAGUGGGCAGUGGGUGGCUGGAGCCAGCUUUUUGGGCUGGGAGGAGAGCCCAGCCAAGGGGCCCAGGAAGGGGCAUGUGGGCAGCUCGGGGCCAUGUGGAGAGGUUUCCGCUGCUGCGUCUGGGGCACCUCCACCAGUGAGCAAGCCUGUUCCCCCACAGUCCCUUAUGAAAGCCACCUUCUGGUCAGAGCAGCAGAUCAGCCAGCUGGGCACUGAUUCUGGCAGCGAGGUGCUCCCAGACUCCUUCCCGUCGGCGCCGGCAGAGCCGCUGCCCCACUUCCUGCGGGAGCCACAGGACGCCUACAUCGUGAAGAACAAGCCGGUGGAGCUGCGCUGCCGUGCCUUCCCCGCCACGCAGAUCUACUUCAAGUGCAACGGCGAGUGGGUCAGCCAGAACGACCACGUCACGCAGGAGAGCCUGGACGAGGCCACCGGCCUGCAGGUGCGAGAGGUGCAGAUCGAGGUGUCGCGGCAGCAGGUGGAGGAGCUGUUUGGGCUGGAAGAUUACUGGUGCCAGUGCGUGGCCUGGAGCUCUGCAGGCACCACCAAGAGUCGCCGGGCCUAUGUCCGCAUUGCAUACCUGCGCAAGAACUUCGAUCAGGAGCCUCUGGGCAAGGAAGUGCCCCUGGACCACGAAGUUCUCCUGCAAUGCCGCCCACCAGAGGGGGUGCCUGUGGCUGAGGUGGAAUGGCUCAAGAACGAGGACGUCAUCGACCCCACCCAGGACACCAACUUCCUGCUCACCAUCGACCACAACCUCAUCCUCCGCCAGGCUCGCCUGUCGGAUACGGCCAACUACACCUGCGUGGCCAAGAACAUCGUGGCCAAGCGCCGCAGCACCACCGCCACCAUCAUUGUCUACGUGAACGGCGGCUGGUCCAGCUGGGCCGAGUGGUCACCCUGCUCCAACCGCUGUGGCCGAGGCUGGCAGAAGCGCACACGGACCUGCACCAACCCCGCCCCACUCAAUGGAGGUGCCUUCUGUGAGGGCCAGGCCUUCCAGAAGACUGCCUGCACCACUGUGUGCCCAGUCGAUGGCGCGUGGACAGAGUGGAGCAAGUGGUCGGCCUGUAGCACCGAGUGUGCGCACUGGCGCAGCCGCGAGUGCAUGGCGCCCCCUCCCCAGAACGGAGGCCGGGACUGCAGCGGGACCGUGCUUGACUCCAAGAAUUGCACCGACGGGCUGUGCGUGCAGAAUAAGAAAACUCUAAGUGACCCCAAAAGCCACCUUCUGGAGUCCUCGGGGGAUGUGGCGCUGUACGCAGGUCUUGUGGUGUCCAUCUUCGUGGUGGUGACUGUCCUCGUGGUGGUAGGGGUGGUCGUGUACCGCCGCAACUGCCGGGACUUCGACACCGACAUCACCGACUCGUCCGCCGCCCUCACUGGUGGCUUCCACCCAGUCAACUUUAAGACUGCGAGGCCCAACAACCCGCAGCUCCUGCACCCAUCUGUGCCUCCGGACCUCACUGCCAGUGCGGGCAUCUACCGCGGACCCAUGUACGCCCUGCAGGACUCGGUCGACAAGAUCCCAAUGACCAACUCACCCCUGCUGGACUCCCUGCCCAACCUCAAGAUCAAGGUCUACAACUCUAGCACCACCAGCUCUGGGCCAGGCCUGGCAGACGGGGCUGAGCUGCUGGGAGUCCUGCCACCCGGCACGUACCCUGGUGAUUUUGCCCGGGACGCCCACUUCCUGCACCUGCGCAGUGCCAGCCUCGGCUCCCAGCAGCUCCUGGGCAUGCCCCGUGACCCGGGGAGCAGUGUCAGCGGCACCUUUGGCUGCCUGGGCGGGAGGCUCAGCAUCCCUGACACAGGGGUCAGCCUGCUGGUGCCCAAUGGAGCCAUUCCCCAGGGCAAGUUCUACGAGAUGUACCUCCUCAUCAACAAGGCAGAAAACACCUUCCCGCUUUCGGAAGGGACCCAGACAGUAUUGAGCCCUUCGGUGACCUGCGGGCCCACGGGCCUCCUGCUGUGCCGCCCCGUCAUCCUCACGGUGCCACACUGCGCUGAAGUCAGUGCUGGUGACUGGAUCUUCCAGCUCAAGACCCAGGCCCACCAGGGCCACUGGGAGGAGGUGGUCACCCUGGAUGAGGAGACCCUUAACACCCCCUGCUACUGCCAGCUGGAGGCCAGGUCCUGCCACAUCCUGUUGGACCAGCUGGGCACCUACGUCUUCACGGGUGAGUCCUACUCCCGCUUGGCAGUCAAGCGGCUCCAGCUGGCCAUCUUCGCCCCCGCCCUCUGCACCUCUCUGGAGUACAGCCUCAGGGUCUACUGCCUGGAGGACACGCCCGUAGCACUGAAGGAGGUGCUGGAGCUGGAGCGGACCCUGGGUGGCUACCUAGUGGAGGAGCCAAAACCCCUGCUGUUUAAGGACAGUUACCAUAACCUGCGCCUCUCCCUCCACGACCUGCCCCACGCCCACUGGAGGAGCAAGCUGCUGGCCAAGUACCAGGAGAUCCCCUUCUGUCACAUUUGGAGUGGCAGCCAGAAGGCCCUGCACUGCACCUUCACCCUGGAGAGGCAUAGCCUGGCCUCCACGGAGCUCACCUGCAAGAUCUGCGUGCGGCAGGUGGAGGGGGAGGGCCAGAUAUUCCAGCUGCACACCACGCUGGUAGAGACGCCUGCUGGUUCCCUGGAUGCCCUCUGCUCCGCCCCCAGCAGCACAGUCACCACCCAACUGGGACCCUAUGCCUUCAAGAUCCCCGUUUCCAUCCGCCAGAAGAUAUGCAACAGCCUGGACGCCCCCAACUCGCGCGGCAAUGACUGGCGGUUGUUGGCGCAGAAGCUCUCCAUGGACCGGUACCUGAACUACUUUGCCACAAAAGCGAGCCCCACGGGUGUGAUCCUCGACCUCUGGGAAGCGCUGCAGCAGGACGACGGGGACCUCAACAGCCUGGCGAGUGCCUUGGAGGAGAUGGGCAAGAGCGAGAUGCUGGUGGCCAUGGCCACCGACGGGGACUGCUGAGCUGCCCCAAACCCGCGGGCUGUUAGGGACCAGCAGGCGGCUGGCACAGGCAUGCCCCAGGGCAACUUCCUGUGGGGCGGUUGGGCCUCCUCUGCUCCUGAGCUCACAGCCAGAAUCGCCCUUCCUCCUCCUCCUCCCCUUGCCCACCCCCCCCCCCCAGACCACGACCAGCCUUAGGAAAUCCAUGGACGUUGUUGUUGCGAGGACCCAGUGGUCCUUCUCCACCUCCUGCUGUCUCUCCUGACCUCAGACCGCUGUGCAGGAACCGGGGUGGGGAUGGGGCCUCUGGGGGCAGCUAGGGGAGCAAGGAGGUGGCCCUCCCACCCUGUGCCCCAGGGUCUCAGGGCUGCAUCUGUUUUAGUUGUGCUCUUCAUUUUCUUCCUCAGCUAUUGAUUUCUCCCUCCUCCCUAAGCCCCUUUCUCCUUUCACACUGUUUUCCUCUUCCAAUAGUCAAGUACAAUUCAGACAAACUGCUUUCUCCUAUCCACAAGCAAAAAGGAAGAGGAAAGAAAGAAGGAAAGAAAGAAAGCUUCAGACUGCUAGUAAGGCUCAAAAAAAGAAGAAAAACACCAAAACCACAAGGGAAAAGAAAACCCAGUUUCUUAGGAAACGCAAACGAUUUAUUAUCCAGAUAUUUGGAUAAGUCCUUUUUAAGAAAAAAAAAGAAAAUGAAAAUGAAAAAACAACACAAAAAAAAAAGAAAACACUUUUCUUGAGUAUGGGUGAGUGUGGGCAUGCUCGUGGUUCUGGCCAGGAGCGUGUGUGUGCGUGUGUGUGUGUGUGUGAA